CAACGAUCACACUUCUCUAUUAGUAGAAGUUUCAACAAAGUGUUGAAGGCUUUGAAUACAAUAGCACCAGAUUUUAUGGCUAAGCCAGAGUCCGUACCAUACAUCAUCAGAGAGAGCACAAGGUUUUAUCCUUACUUUAAGGAUUGCGUUGGAGCGAUAGACGGCACCCAUAUUCCAGCAAUGGUAGUUGGGCGUGAAGUGAGUAGUUAUCGCAAUCGUCAUGGGACUAUAUCUCAAAAUGUCUUAGCUGUAUGCAAUUUUGAUCUGCAAUUCAUUUACGUGCUUAGUGGAUGGGAGGGUUCUGCCCAUGAUUCAAAAGUUUUAAAUGAUGCGCUUUCUAGACCAAAUGGGCUCAAAGUGCCAUCAGAUGAAGACACAACAAAUGAAACAGAUGAGAGUUAUGAAUGGGAUAAUACUCAAACACAAGAUCAACAACGAGAGAAAGCUAACGAAUGGAGAGUGAAUCUUGCAAAUGAAAUGUGGGCAACAAGUAAUAGAGCUGUGGGCUCGUUAUCUCCACGCGCUAACUCUACCUUCCCGUUCAUUUGCUUGACUUUUGUCAUCCCUGCACCACAAACACUCCCUCGCCGUCAAUCAUUGGCAGCGACCACCGGCGGAAACCUAAAUUUUUUUUCUUUCGUUCUUAUUUCCCGCGUGUCGAUGAGUGAGAAGGCUCAAACAGAACACCCAUCGGAUUUGGAGUCUCUACCGCCCACUGAAGCACAGACGGAGGCGCCUGCGCCAAAUGCCGAUUGUGGACUUCGAUCGGAUUCGGAAACGGCCAUUAUUGCUAAUUGUGCGCUUGAUAUUCAUCGAAAUCCAUCAAACCCUUCUAAAAUCCCUAUUCGGCCAGGGAAAAUCAGAAAACUAUCGGCUGCGACCUCUGUCGAGUUUGCUGAUCAGAGACGCUCAGAAACUACCGCCGAUCCCUCUUCUCCUUCUGCUACAAAAGAGACCAUUCCGGUAACUUCUUUUGUGUCGACAUCAGGUGCUUCCACUACUCUCAUUUCUCCGUCCUCCAGGAAUCGUAGGAAAGCUCUUACGCAGAUAUCUAGGGUUUUGUCCCAAAUUGUCAAGCCCUUGUCAGCUGAUGGAGAAAUUGAGCUUGCGCUUCGCCACCUCCGAUCUUCAGACCCUCUCCUUGUGUCUCUGAUUGAAACCCUCCCUCCUCCAACAUUUGAAACCCGUCACCCACCUUUUCUAGCUCUGGCAAAGAGUAUUCUUUACCAACAACUUGCAUAUAAGGCUGGUACGUCCAUAUACACACGAUUCAUCUCUCUUUGCGGAGGGGAGAUAGCUGUUAAUCCUGACACAGUCCUUGCUCUCUCAGCUCAACAGCUCAAGCAAAUUGGAGUCUCAGGCCGAAAAGCAAGCUACCUGUAUGACCUUGCAAACAAGUACAAGUCUGGGAUUUUGUCUGAUGACACUGUCGUUAAGAUGGAUGAUCGUUCGUUAUUCACAAUGCUAUCAAUGGUCAAGGGCAUUGGCUCUUGGUCGGUUCACAUGUUCAUGAUCUUUUCACUGCACAGACCAGAUGUUUUGCCUGUAAGUGACUUGGGGGUAAGAAAGGGGGUACAACUGCUGCAUGGGUUAGAGGAUUUGCCGAGGCCAUCUCAGAUGGAGCAGCUGUGUGUGAAAUGGAAACCCUAUAGGUCGGUGGGAGCAUGGUACAUGUGGCGGUUUGUAGAAGGAAAAGGGACGCCAGCCUCUGCAGCAGCAGCAUUAGAUGGUAGUACUGUGCAGCCAUUGCAUCAAAUUGAUCACAUGGAGGAUGCACAACAGCAACACCAAUUGCAAUUAUUGGAGCCCAUUAAUGGCAUGACAAAUCUUGGGUCUUGCAUAUGGGGCCAGUGAAUAGAGGGAUGUGACUGCUCAGCCGUUUUCAAUAUGAUUGUAAAAAUUUUGGAGGGACUCCACGCUGCUUGUGGGCAUAAUGAAUCCUACUGCAAAGAAGCUGUUCUGGACAAGGUUUUUCUGUUCUUAGUUGUGUGUUCUUAGAAACCUUGAAAAUAUACUCGCUGUGUUGUAUGCUAUUCAAUCAUAGUUAGGGUCAGAUAUGUUUGGUACAGUAAUGAGGAAGUAUAUGCUGGAAAUGGCUAAUAAAGCUUCUCCCCAAUUUGUUACUUCUUGAGUGCGACUUUAUAUUUGUAAAAGCUAGACUAUUGCAGUCAACAUCUUCAUCUUUUAAUGUGUAUUCAAAUGGUUCCACUAGUUGCUUCUGAAUUCUCAAAGACACACAGACUUGAUAGGACGACAGGGCUGAUCUUCGGGCCAGAUCGUGCCGAUAUAUUAUGAGAAUUUUCUAGGCUCGAGCUAGCCUUUCCGGAAUAGCGGGCAUGGCAAUUGAAGGUCGAGUCUGCAAUGCAUGGGCACACACUUGCUUCAGGCUAGCAUGGAUCCACCCCUAUUCAAAAAGAGAGCUGGCAGCGGUGGACAGAGGAUCCCAUGCGUAUAUAGUUAUAUUCAAUGUAUGUUAGUGUGAUCAAUAUCAAUGUGCGAUUUACAAUAAUAAGAACAUCUUUGU